AUGAACAAGGACGGGUGCUACACGUACGUGCACAUGCAGCGGCCCCGCGACGCCGACCUCUUCGAGGACUUUUGCAAGGACCGCCUGCCCGACGACGAGAUCUACGUGCCGCCGCAGCACCAGCCCAUCAACCCCGAGGACGAGGACGACGUGGUCCCGGACCAGCACGCCGCGUUCGGCAUCCAGAAGGCGACGCAAAGGACCAAGGAGCCCGCGUGGAAGGACCUCGGGCUCGGCGAGCUGAUGCGCAAGGGCCCGACGGAGGGCAACGGCAAGGCCAAGGCGGCGCCGUACAAGGGACUGCCCAGGUGA